AAGAAAUAUAUAAAUGUUUGAUUUUAUUGUGCAAACUUUAAAUAUACCUGUUAGGUAUACGUGUUUUAAGUAGUGACAAUGAAGAUAAAGAAACUUCAGAUUCUGUUUUAAUAAAAGAGUAAAAAUGUUGAUCAAGGAGUAUAGGAUACCUUUGCCCCUAACAGUUGAGGAGUAUCGCAUCGCUCAACUGUAUAUGAUUGCUAAGAAAAGUAGGGAAGAAAGCUCUGGAGAAGGUAGUGGUGUUGAAAUUAUUGUAAAUGAACCUUAUGAAAAUGGCCCAGGAGGAAGUGGCCAAUAUACCCAAAAAAUAUACCAUGUCGGUAGCCAUCUUCCUGGAUGGUUUAAGAGUUUACUACCUAAAUCAGCUUUAACAGUAUCGGAAGAAGCAUGGAAUGCUUAUCCAUAUACAAAAACUCGUUAUACAUGCCCAUUUGUAGAAAAGUUCUCACUCGAAAUUGAAACAUACUACUUUUCUGACAAUGGCCACCAAGAAAAUGUUUUUAAAUUAAAGGGCAGUGAUUUGAAAAACAGAAUUGUAGAUGUUAUAGAUGUUGUUAAAGAUCAACUUUAUGGUGCUGAUUAUAUUAGGGAGGAAGAUCCAAAACUGUUUGUCUCCCAAAAGUGUAAUAGAGGACCUUUAACAGAUACAUGGCUCGAGGAUUAUUGGAGUGAAGUUCAGGGAAAAACUCAACCUUUGCCAAAUGGAAAAUCUUUGAUGUGCGCUUAUAAAUUAUGUAGGGUGGAAUUCCGAUACUGGGGAAUGCAAACAAAGCUAGAAAAAUUCAUUCAUGAUGUAGCAUUAAGAAAAACUAUGCUCAGAGCGCAUAGGCAAGCAUGGGCAUGGCAAGAUGAGUGGCAUGGGUUAACAAUGGAUGAUAUAAGAGAAAUUGAGAGACAAACUCAGCUAGCCUUACAGAAGAAAAUGGCUGGAGAGGCAGGUGAAGAAACUGAUGUUUCUGAGGAAAACUCCAAAUCUCUCGCUGCCACAAUGAGUAGCUUGGAAAAGAAUGAAGAGACUGCAAGUCCUCAAUCAGUCAAAAAACAUGACAUUGACAAAAGUGUUCCAGAAGAAUUGAGCAUUGACGGCACUCCAAUAGCAUCCAAAAGUCCAUCAAAAACUAAUACAAGAUCUUCAUCAUCUGGUUCUCUCAAUAAAAAUGUUAGUCAAGGUGCUAACUGGAGAAUGGAAACACUUGUUAGAGAAUCUGAAACGGAAACUGGUUCAGAAGAUGAAUUUUAUGAUUGUGAAUCUACAUUUAAUAAAUGGUCUUCCAUGUGUUCCUUAGAUGAAGCAGAUAUAGAUAUAUCUCCUAGCCAAAAUGAAGCCAAUCAAGAAGAUAGUAUAUUUAACCCAACAUUCUUGAAAAGAGUAACCUCAGAAAGAGGAUCCCGCAGGAUGCCAACUUUGCACAGUCAUCAGAGCAUGGAUGGCUGUCCUGAUACACCAGUACACAGUACCUGUUCAACUACAGUCCUAAUCCUUGUGUUUCAUGCAGGAAGUGUGCUAGAUGCAAAUGUUGACAUGACUGCUAAGAAAUCUGAUGUAACUACAUUCAAAGGAGCAUUUGAAUCUGUUAUGAGGCAGCACUACCCAACACUUGUAGGUCAUAUAACAAUAAAAUUGGUUUCAUGUCCAUCUAUUUGUACUGAAGCUCUUGGUAUAUUGUCCACACUAAGUCCAUAUAGUUUUGACUGUUCACCGUCAACAGUUGAAACCCCAUCACUUACAAAUGAUCUCAUUCCAAUUGGUGCUAUUCCACUUAUUGCUACAUCUUCUCCAGAAUAUUGUGAAUAUGUUACAAAAACAAUAAAUUCAGCUAAUAUUGUUUACAAUGACUUUAUCAAGUCAGAAGAUGGUAAAGGUUUUAAUGGUCAAGUGUGUAUUGUGGGUGACAGUAUGGGGUCAGUUUUAGCAUAUGAUGCUUUAUGUCGCUCCUUGCAAUAUCAAUCACGACAUGACAGUGAAAACAGCAUACUUGAUACUGAAAUCACUAUUCCAAAUGAGCCCACUGAAAAUUACAUCAAUAAGUCUCAUCUUCAAGCUCCGACACCCAGAAGAAGAUCCUCUACCGCAAGUGAUAAUCAAACCAAAUUGGAAUUCGAAGUAAGUGAUUUUUUCACUUUUGGUAGCCCAUUAUCACUUAUAUUAGCAUCUAGAAAAAUGUCAGAUGACAAAACAAAAGACAUUAUAAAACCACCUGCCCAACAAGUUUAUAACCUGUUUCAUCCUACUGAUCCUGUUGCUUCAAGAUUGGAACCUCUUUUGUCUGCAAGAUUUUCAAACUUGCCUCCAAUCAACGUUGCUAGAUAUACAAAAUAUCCUUUAGGAAAUGGACAGCCAUAUCACUUACUGGAGUUGAUACAGAGUCAUCCAGCGCUUUUUGGAGAUCAUUUACAGAUGCCCCCUACCCCUGUACUUAGAAGGCUUUCUGAAGCAUCUGUUCAGAGUACUGUAAGUGGGCUUGUUGAUAAUAUUCCAUUGAUUACCAUGAAUGCCCUUCAACUCAAAUGGUGGGGAUCAAAGAGACUGGACUAUGCUCUAUAUUGUCCAGAAGGAUUAUCUAAUUUCCCGACCAAUGCUCUACCCCACCUUUUCCAUGCAAGUUACUGGGAGAGUUCUGAUGUGAUUGCAUUCAUUCUAAGACAAGUUGGUCAUUUUGAUUUAGCUUUAUAUAAUCAAGUCGACGAUAAAGAGAGUUUGAUGUUUAAACCUGGACAAGACAAAGAAAAAUGGAUGAAAAAGCGUACUUCAGUAAAACUAAAAAAUGUUGCUGCAAAUCACCGAGCAAAUGAUGUUAUUGUAAAGGAAGGAUGUCCUCAAACAUUUACAGCUAGAUUCAUGUAUGGCCCCUUAGAUAUGAUAACUCUAACUGGGGAAAAAGUUGACAUACACAUGAUAAAAGAUCCUCCUGCUGGAGAAUGGAUCCUUCUGUCAACCGUCAUGACAGAUAAGACGGGGCGAAUCACGUAUACCUUGACAGACAAGCAAAGUGUGGGCUGUGGCAUUUAUCCUGUACGGGUAGUUGUCCGAGGUGACCAUACAAGCUGCAACUUCCAUCUGGCUGUAGUUCCACCGCAAACAGAAUGCGUAGUAUUUAGUAUCGAUGGAUCUUUUACUGCCAGUGUUUCGGUCACCGGGCGCGAUCCUAAAGUGAGAGCCGGGGCGGUGGACGUCGUUAGAUUCUGGCAAGACCUUGGAUAUCUGAUAUUGUAUAUAACCGGUCGACCCGAUAUGCAACAAAGAAAGGUCGUAUCGUGGCUAGCCGAGCAUAACUUUCCUCAUGGCUUGGUAUUUUUCUCCGAUGGAUUUUCGACUGAUCCCUUGGGUCACAAGGCGGCUCACUUGAACAGCCUCAUCAACGAGCACGGGGUCAUUCUUAGUGCAGCGUAUGGCUCGGGAAAAGAUAUAAACGUCUAUAACAACUGCGGUCUGUCUCAGAAACAGAUAUAUGCCAUAGGUCGUAUAAGCAAGAAAUACAACAAUAUGGCUACAACCUUGAACGAUGGCUACGCCUCGCACCUCGCGGACCUGAAGCAGCCUGGCGCGGUGAGACCAGCUCGAGGAAAUGCUCGCUUGCUCGUGCCUCGAAGACUCUUGGCGCCGGUGAGUACUUCUGCGCCUCGAAAUCGACGUCAGUAAUUUUUGACUUUGCAAUAAUAGUUUAGCACGUAGUUCAAUUAAUAUUUUUGUGUUUAGUAAAUUUUUGGGACUUCGCUAUUGGUUCCUAAACAUGAUAAUUAUUUCUCUUAUUAAAUGUGUAAGUGAAUUCUUUCCAUUAAGCUAUUUAUUAAAUAUUAAUUAUAUUUAGGGAGGGAGAUCUAUGUAUAGAUUCUAAGAGCAUAAGUUGUGCUAAUGUGUUACAAUAUUAUAAUCUUAAUGUCACCAAGUACCUAAUUGACAUAAUAUUAUAAAUUUAAAAAAUCUAUAUCUACUGGUUAUCUAAUUCUUACUUGGUUAAAUGUCGAUAUGCUUAGUGUUAAUCUUGAAAACUACUUAUAAGGCUGGGAAUCUCUAAAACUUUUUCAAAACAUUCUAGUCCUUACGCAAAGUGUGGUCGUCUCUUUUAUAAAAGGUGUUCUGAUAUUAAUACGUAUAUUUUACAAAUAAUUAAGCAUCAAGUAUUCCUAGUAUGUGGACUAAAAUAUGUAUUUAAUAUUUAU